AUUUUUUUAUUGUUUUUAAAUUAAAAGGAUUUGAGGCAAGAAAACCCGAGAAGGGAAUGACAAAGUUGCAGCUGCUGUCUUCUCUAGGUCUGGGUCGGAAUUGCUUUAUCAGGAUUUCCUGGGGAGGGUUCCGAACAAUCUCAUCGUCCACCGCCGCCCUCACUGCUAAGAUGUCAACGGAGUGCUAUACGUUCGGCCCAUAUAAGAUUGAUCCCAAGGAGGUUUUCUAUUCCAGCCCCCUUUCCUAUGCGAUGGUCAACCUGCGUCCUGUUGUUCCUGGUCAUGUGCUUGUCUGCCCAAGGCGUGAAGUUAAGCGGUUUGUUGAUCUCACCGUUGAUGAGACCAGUGAUUUGUGGCUAACAGCACAGAGGGUUGGUGGAGGGCUUGAGUGCCACCAUAAAGCGUCAUCGCUCACUUUUACUAUCCAAGAUGGGCCACAGUCAGGGCAGACAGUACCUCAUGUUCACAUUCAUAUCCUUCCGAGGAGAGAGGGCGACUUUGAGAGGAACGAUGAGAUCUAUGAUGCAAUAGAUGUGAAAGAGAAGGAAAUGCAGGAAACGCUGGAUUUAGAUAAGGAAAGGAAGAACAGAAGCCCUGAAGAGAUGUCUCGAGAGGCAGAUGAAUACAGAUCACUUUUCUUGUAGAAAUCAUAAGUCUGACCUCUGUGCUGCAUAUAUACCUACUGCAGUGGAUUCCCUUGUCAUUGAUAGCACAAGGGCCUGAGUGGACAUGGACGCUAGUUCUUGAUUGAAUUUCUCUGGAAUUGAAUUUUCUUUAGUGUGUUAUUGUUGGUUCAGUUAAUUUGUACUAUUUAGUAAUUGUACUGUAUCAUUAGAUUUUGUGAUAACGAAGCUCUGUGUGAGUGGCGUUUGGUGGGUAUGGUUUCUGUUUGUU